AUGGGAACAUAUGUUCCUAAAUCUAGUAGGGGAAACACAAGGGCUGCUAGGAAUGGGAAGGGUAAGGGUAGUGAUGUGAUAUCUGAUGUUGAGGAUGAUGAGGACAAUGAAGAUGUUGAUUUUGAGGAAACUGGCAGUGAUGGAAGUGAUGAAGACAGUGCGGAUGAAACAGACAUUGGUGACUUCAUUGUUGAAGAGGAGGGGUUGGAGGAUUUGAUGGAUGAAAUCCAUGAGAAGUCAUUUGAGGAUUGUUUAGAUGGGAGCUCAAAAAUGGACAAAAAUUACAAGAAUGGGAAAGUGUAUGUUGAGCAGGAAUAUGGUUCAAUUAAGCUUGAGCCUUGGUUGAUAUUUACAGAUAGGGAGGCUUUUCUUGAUGUUCUUAAGGACUAUUGUAUACAGGAGGGGUUUGGGUUAAGUGUUGAGAAGGCAGACAGUAGAAGAUACACUGCUGUUUGUGCAAUUGAGGGGUGUGAUUGGAGGAUUCAUGCUUCAAAGAUGGUUGAUAAGAUGAGUUGGGCUAUAAAAUCACUGACUGGGGAGCAUAAACAGUGUGGUAGACUAGAGGUGAACCCCAUAGUGACCACCAAAUGGUUAGUGAAGAAGUUGUUGCCAGAGAUUGAAGCAAACCUAGAUGUUCCUGUAGAAACAUUUCAGAAUGUGACUCAAAAACUGUUUAGGAUACAAGUUAACAAGAGGCUAUUCUACAAGGUUAAGGCAGUGGCUAAGGAGAUUAUCCAUGGGAGUUUUAGUGAGUCAUAUGCCCUUCUACCUAGGUAUGCAGAGAGGAUCAAAGAGACUAAUCCUGGUAGUUAUGCAUUGAUCACAUGGCAUAAUGAUGGUGGGAAUGUGGACCCAAGGUUUAAGGCUUGCUUCUUCUCAUUUGGUGCACAAGUAAUGGGGUUCCUGAAGGGGUGUAGGUCCAUUAUUGGAAUUGAUGGAGCUCACCUUAGUGGGUAUUUCAAGGGGAUUCUGCUGUCAGCCUUGGGGAUUGAUGGCAACAAUGAGAUAUUCCUGCUUGCUUAUGGGGUUGUUGACACUGAAAGCCAAGAGAGCUGGACCUAUUUCAUGAGGAACCUCAGGGCACUGUUUCAGAGAGAAGGUUGCAACAAGGAUGACUGGACAUUCAUCAGUGACAGAAUGAGGGGGGUGGAUUUAGCUGUACAUGAGAACUUCCCUAAGGCCACUAGAAGGUGUUGCAGUCAGCACUUGUACAUGAACUGCAAGAAUGGUGGUUGGAGUGGAGAAUUGUUCCACAAACUAUUCUGGAUAGCUGCUAAUGCUUACAACCCUUAUGUUUACAACAAGGCCAUGGAGAAGAUCACUGACUUUGAUCCCAGGGCUACACAGUACUUGGAUACAUGUACUGAGCAGUGGUCCAGACAUCAGUUUGAGCCAGAAGUGUGUUGUGAUCAUAACACAACAAACUUUGUGGAAUCAUUCAAUGCUGUCACCAAGCCCUACAGGGAUUUACCAGUGUUGAGACUGUUUAAAGCUAUUAGGGAGUGGUCUAUGCAGAGAAUUGGGGUCAGAUUUGACAAAGCAGCAGACAUGGAGCCUCAAGAUUUAACUGAGCAUGCCAAAGUUGAACUGGAGUUGAGAACAGCUGAAUCCAGGUUUUGCUACUCUACUCCAUGUGGUGGUGGGGAGUAUGAGGUGGAAGGCCAUGUGAAAUUCCCAGUCAAGAUUGACAGCAGAACCUGUGGGUGUGGAGUUUGGCAGGUGUCUGGUAUUCCCUGCAAACAUGGUUUGAGCGUCAUUUACAACCAGAGACUAGACCCUCUGGACUUUGUGUCCCAUUUCUUCAAGGGUGCUGCUUAUAAGCUGGCAUAUGCAGAACAUAUGCACCCUAUGCCUGACCCUACUCAGUGGCCUGAGUUCAACCUUCCCACCAUUAACCCUCCAAGAAUUAAGAGGACUGCUGGAAGACCCCCUAAACAAAGAAAGAGGGGUGCCAUGGAAGCUAAGAAGAGGAAGAGGCACACUUCAGUAAAGUGUAGCAAAUGCAAGGAGAUGGGCCACAAUGCAAGGACUUGCAAGUCUGGCACUGGCAGUUCCAAGGCACCACCAAAACAGAGGGUUUUAACAAGGAAGAGGAAAACUGGUGAUGAUGGAGCAAGCACAUCCAAGGCAGCACCAAAAGGGAAGAAAUCAAAGCAAGCAUGA